AUGUCUGUUCGAGGACCCAGCAUUUCCGCCACUGUUAUAUCUCUCGCAUAUCAGAUACAAACCGAAAACCUCGGUCCCCUCGCCAUCAUUCCGGGCCCACGCGAACCUCACGGAGUCGCGCUGAACCACUACCUUCGGCCGAUUGUCGACGUCCUCCUGACAGCAUGGAUACGUGGUAUCAAGCAUUGCGCCUGUGUCUCACGUUCGGCUGUUGCUGCCGUAGUCAUGGAUCUACAAGCUGCCCGUCACGCUUCGCAAAUGGCUAGACACAACGGUCAUCACUAUUGUCACGUAUGCACGUGUUACCAUCAAUCAACGCGAGGACGCACCGACUUCGAACACUGGACAAAGCGCAACCUCAACGAGCUGCGUGAACAAGCUGAGCGCUGGCGAGACGCAACGACAGAAGCAGAACGCAAACGUAUAUUCAACGAGCAUGGCAUUCGAUGGUCAGAACUCUGGCGGCUUCCAUACUGGGACCCCACUCGUCAACUUGUCGUCGAUCCCAUGCACUGUAUCCUUGAAGGACUGGUCCUUAUCACUUUCGGGACAUCCUGGGCAUGA